CUUUCGCAAGAUAGGUCUUUAAAGUGUAUACGUGUAUGCUGUUUUUACCGAACAAAGUUCAAAUAAAAGUGAGAUUUGGACUCGGAUAUUUAAUCUGAGCGUACGAGUCGAAAAAUUAUACUUUGCUAUCGUCCAUCGUUAUGAAGUUAUCAAAGUGAUCUGAACGUAGGCGGGAUGACAGGGAGAGCUUUCCGCAUUAAAGUACAACUACAUGUACACGCGGUAACAUGUCCUGGUGUUUGGUUAUGUCCCAAUGGCAAAGUGGCUCUGCGAAUCAAUGCGCUUGAUUCUUGUGCGGAAUCCCACGCAAUAAGCCCGAUUCUUCCACUCUUAUUCCAUGAGAAAUUUACUUUCGAUAAAAUCUUUGUUGGAAUAAUUUCCUUGACGGAGCUACAAAACACUCUGGAGCAAGAAUUUUUAUAUGCGGAAUUAAUACAGUGGGCAAUACCAGCUAGCCAGGAUAUUACUUUGGCAACAUUUGAAACAAAUUUGGCAGACUUGCUGUAUCCUACGCCAUGUUUCAAAGGUUUACUAGCCGGUGUGGAUGUUGACCUUCUAAUGGAACCGACUAAAUGUUUUCCUGGUAUCAUAGCACCCAAAAUCGAGGUCUCCACCAAAACAGUUAUCGAAGAAAUCUUGGAAUUCUAUGAUGCAAGCAAAUGUUAUGUCAUCAAUCCAAAUAUUAGCUCUAAGCAAACGAUAUGUAGACAGAGGAAAAGACCGAUUAAAGGUAUUAUAAGACAACGAAGAGUGUGUCACACUAAGAAUGAACCAAGAUCUCAAAGCUGUCGACCAUUUCGUCAGAGAUCGAGCGAUUCUCAUCAAUGUCCUUCAUAUACCACGAGUCAUCAAACAGGAUCACAAACUGAUCAAUGUUAUCAUUCAAUAAGGAGAAAUUCUAUGUGUACUUGUCGACCAGAUUUCCCAAAGUUAGCCAGAUCUACCAUCAUAUGUGAUAAUACUCAUGUUACAGAGAACUGUCCAGUUUGUUUCAAGUAUAAUUAUUAUUUUCCCAAGUACAACGAUUGUGAUAUAAUCAAAAAAUAUAUUGAUAAUAAGCAAAAAUAUUACAGAAAUUUUUCUGAUAUCAGAGAAUAUGGUUGUAUUUGUAGAAACGGCGCAUUCCACACGCAAGAGGAAGGGGUAAUGCCAUUAUUACAAUCUAAAAUGGAAAAUCUUCAGAAAACUAAAAAAAAAUGGUACACUAAAAUGACGGACAAUAUUGAGGAAUGCGAUCCGAAAUACAUUCAAGAUUAUUCUCCGAGCCAUGGCUUUUAUAAAAAUUUGGAAAAAUUUUACAAAAGAAUGUAUAAACAAGCGAAAAUGCGUGCACGAGAGACAGAUGAUUGAUAUGAAAAAUCUUAUUAUUCAAGUUUUUCUAUAACGCGAUUUUUUAUAUCUUAAUUUAUGGAUACAG